AUGCUUAGGAAUGCCUGGGAUGACCUGGAAGUCCGCAAGCAGUGGUAUAACAGAGAAUCAAAAAAUUGUCUUCUCUAUAGAAAACGAAGAAUAAAUAUGGCUCAGAGAAUGCUACUAAAAAUAGACACCUUGAAGCAUUAUGAGAAGAAAAAACUGAGGAAAUAUGACAUGAUUGAGUAUUGGAAUCUUGGGAAACUACGGUUAAAUCCCUAUCAGAGAUCUCCACUGACAUUUGACUUUAAAUUGUUUUAUGAACCUACAACUAUGAAAUCAAAUAUUCCAGCAGUUCCAUCUACCCUACACAUUAUAGAAAAAGAGAAGGGUUCAGCUCUGCUGCCUAAAAGGAAAGCCAAUCUUCCCAAUGAUGACUUAAUUAAUGAUGGACAAAGGAUUCUGGCUGGCUUUAUCCAUGACGAUGAAAGUGUUGUAAAAAAGAAAAUAUCUAUACCUCUGAGCGUUAAAGAUGAACUAGAAAAUCCAAAUGCCAAAAUUAUCAAUGCUGGCUGUAUAAAAGUAGAAUGGCAAAAUCUAGAGAAAAUGAGUGAAACAUUUCCCAUCUUUUGUCACCAUGAAAGAUACAGGUGGAAGUUUGUUUGGAAUCAGUGGCUUUUGUUAUAUGGAAAGAAGAUAUUUGGUUAUUUGAAUCAGGGUAAUGAAGCAUGCAUGCUCUUAAACCCAGUUCUACAAAAUAACUAUAAUGACUCCAUUGAAAUAAUAAAAAAUAAAAAAUAUCCUUCUUCUAACCUAAGUGCAAAGACGAAGAAAAAACCCAGUUUUUCUAGGAAGCCAAAGCGUAUCACCAUUCAGAUUUUAUCUUUGGGAAGAGAACUAUGUAAUCUUUCUGCAAAUGAUCAGAAAGGGACAUCAUUGGUUCAGAAAACCAAUGGACAUGUUACUAAAACAAUUACCAGGCAUGCUGUAACUGAGAAAAAUAUUCUGCAAAAUAUGUCCAAGCGUAACAAAGACAUUCUUAUGGAGAGUAGAAAAAAACCUAUAGGUAAUAUAGAACACAGUCCCUCAACUGGGGUUUCAGGAAUAAAAACCUCCCUUCCAGAUUUUUGGCAAAAAACAUUAACUGAAAAUAAAGAAAGGCUCAAAAAAGGUAGAAUAAUUGUGGAUAACAUACCCUCCCCAAAACCAUUUCGAGUUUGUGAGGCUCCAGAUGGAUUAUUUGGCCAUAGACUGCCCCUUUCAGUUGAUCGUUUCUUUGUAAUGCCCAGUGGGAUUGAACCGUCAGCUGACAGAAGCAGCCAUGCCCAGGAACCCUUCUUAAAUGAAACCCAAGCAGCUGAGACAAAAUCCAGAGGCCAGCACCUGAAGCCUUCAAUGCAAGACAAUGGGGAAAGGUCAAGCCAGGUGACAGAGUCAUCCUCCCUACCGGACUUUCAAGGAGAAAGAAGGAAAAGCGCAGAGUCCGAGAAAUCAGAAAAUGCAGCAAUAUAUUCAGAAGAGCAGGGCAUUGGGCGCCCUCAUUCUCCAGUUCUAAGUAUACCAACCGGAAAACCUGAUGCUUCAGAGUCUCCAUGCCUUUCAGUGCCUGAAACGAAUAGCAGCUGCAGUAGCAGAACAAUGUAGCCGCAAGCUCUGAAGUGAUUUCUUGUUGUGUGAAAGGUUUUCAGGAUUGACAAUAAAUA